UGUGUCAAUGUGUCGUUAUGAAUAUGAACUAGGUUUAAGGUUUUACAUGCUAAUAAAGUGAGUGACUCCAAAAGAGGGUGUAGACUUUUGAGUGAUGAGGAGGGAAGGACGGUGGAAGUGGAUGUGUUGUGGAAGGAGAAUUUUGGUGUGUGUGCAGUAGUUCAGGAAGAAUGAGGAAAGGUUGUCGCAGUGAGUGAAGCGGACUCACCAUGAGGACGCUGCUCCCUGUUUUGUGCCUCCUUCUUACGUCCAUUUCUUCACUUCAUGGCGCUGAAUCACCGAGGAAAUGCAAAUGCCACUCUGCGGCGGGAAAUGGUGUCACUUUUUUGUGAUUAUCCCGAUAGGGUCCAACGUGUGCACGUCACGAGGAGUCACGACAUGUCAGCAGUGUUUGACAGUUGACCCCAGCUGCGCAUGGUGCUCGCAAGAGAGCUUUGGGAUGGGAGGGUCUGGCGUUUUCCGCUGCGACCUGAAGCAGAACCUGCUGGACGGCGGCUGCUCCAAGGCGUCUCUGGAGUCGCCUACCAGCACCUUGACGGUACUCGAGAAUAAGGCACUAAGCGACAAAGCCUCAGGCGCGGCGGAAACCGUAACCCAGAUACAGCCUCAGAAAAUCCACAUGGUGCUCAGGCCAGGUGAUUCCAAGAAGUUCACUGUCAGCGUAAAGCAAGUGGAGGACUACCCAGUAGACCUCUACUACCUGAUGGAUCUGUCUUACUCAAUGAAGGACGAUCUGGCUCGCCUGCGUACUCUUGGUAACGAGCUGGCCCAGACUAUGGGGAAGACCACCAGUAACCUGCGCAUGGGAUUCGGAGCCUUUGUGGAUAAAACCGUGUCGCCCUACAUGUACCUGGCUCCUCCCGAGGCUAUCGAGAAUCCUUGUCAUAUGAUUCACACGGAGUGUCAGGCGCAGUUUGGCUUCAAGCACGUGCUGUCCCUCACGGAAAAGGUGGCUCGUUUCACAGAAGAAGUGGUGAAGCAGCAGGUGUCACGAAACAUAGACGCCCCAGAGGGCGGAUUUGAUGCCAUUAUGCAGGCGGUAGUGUGUAAGGAACAAAUCGGUUGGCGUCCAGAUGCCUCCCACCUUCUGGUGUUCACCACGGAUGCUAAAACGCAUAUCGCCUUGGACGGACGUAUGGCCGGCAUUGUGCAGCCCAACGAUGGAAAGUGUCAUCUAGACAGCCAUAAUGUCUACAACAAAUCCACCAUAUUGGACUAUCCAUCCUUGGCGCUUCUGACCGAGAAAAUGUCCGAAAACAACAUCAACUUGAUUUUCGCCGUGACAAAAUAUGUGGUGCCGCUCUACAAGGAAUACAGUCAGCUAAUUCCAGGCACCACCGUGGGAAAGUUGUCCGGUGACUCUGGGAAUGUUAUUGAGCUCAUUGAGGCGGCGUACGCGAAAAUUCGCUCAAAAGUGGAGCUGGAGAUUCUGGGCGUUCCCGAAGAGUUGAAUCUGUCUUUCAAUGCCACUUGCCUCAACGGUGAAGUCAUCCUCGGUCUCAAGUCUUGCUCUGGUCUGAAGAUCGGCGACACGGUGUCUUUCAGCGUGGAGGCUCAACUGCGAAGCUGCCCGAAGGAGAAGACCCAGACGUUCACCAUCAAACCUUUAGGAUUUAAAGACUCUCUACAGGUCACAGUGGAUUUCGCCUGCACGUGCGACUGCGAGGCCGACGGCGAAGUCGACAGCCCGAUUUGCAGCAACGGCAACGGCACUUACGAGUGCGGCGUGUGCCAGUGCCACACCGGGCGGCUGGGUCCUCACUGCGAGUGCUCGCUGGAGGACUACAGCCCCUCCGAUGACGCCAAGUGCAUCCCCAAACCCGACACUCCCGCCUGCAACGGGCGCGGCGACUGCUUGUGCGGACAGUGCUCGUGUCACGAGAGCGAAUUCGGACAAGUGUGGGGCAAACACUGCGAGUGCGAUGACUUCAACUGCCUGCGCUACAAGGGGGCGCUAUGCUCGGGCCACGGCAAGUGUAGCUGCGGCUUUUGCCAGUGCGACGCCGGCUGGGUGGGCGACAACUGCAACUGCACCACGCGCAUCGACACGUGCAUGUCCAGUAUCGGCCUUCUGUGCAGCGGCCGCGGAAGCUGCCAGUGUGGCGUGUGCCAGUGCACGCAACCGGGGGCCUACGGCGCCACUUGCGAGAAGUGCCCUACCUGUCCUGACUCGUGCACCAUCAAAAAGGAGUGUGUGGAAUGUCAGCAUUUUAAGAGAGGCCAAUACACCGACGACAACAGCUGCAGUCGCAUCUGCAGAGACGAAAUUAGAGUUGUAACCCAACUCGAGUUCCUCUCAAAGAAUGCCGUGAACUGCUCCUACAAGGAUGAGAAUGACUGCGUGGAGCACUUCCAGUAUUAUGAAGACGAUAGUGGCAAAUCCAUCUUAUUUGUAAUAAAAGAGCCAGAAUGUCCUCAGGGUGCCGACACCCUGGUGGUGCUGUCGGCCGUGGCAGGGGCCAUCCUGCUCCUGGGCCUGGUGGCCCUGCUCAUCUGGAAGCUACUGGUCACCAUCCACGACCGGAGGGAGUACGACAGAUUCGAGAAGGAGCGAGCCAAAGCCAGGUGGAACACGGCCAACAACCCACUAUACAAAGGAGCCACGUCCACCUUCACCAAUGUGGCGUACAGAGGCGCCUCCUCCAGUUGAUUGCAGCUCAGGGUUCAACCACACACGCCAAAUGCUUGCACUCAAGAGAACUAGUAAUGACACGCAGCCAGUCACUGCAGCCCAGCCAUAUUUAUUGUGGUCGACAAGGACUUGUAACUUGUACAGUUGAGAAAAAUACUCACUUUUUUUGCUAAAUGCACAUAAAAUAUUGUCACGUCUGCUGUAUGCAUAUAAAGUUUGCACUUUUUCUUUUUUAGUGUUUUUUUUAUACGUGAUCACAUUUUCAUUACUGCUGCAUCUGCUCUGUUUGUUUAUUAAAGUCUUCCGAAAACUGGUAAAUGAUUUUAAUGAAUAGAUUUACUGUAAGUUAUUUGAAAAUAACAACUGCAAUCUAAUGCUCAAGGGUUUUUGCUUGCUGUAAAUGCAGUAUUAUAUGAUGGUUUCAAGAAAUGCAGGUGAAAAUACCAAUAAGUGAUCGAUGUAUCAUGCAAGUGCAAAUAAAUGCCUUUUAACGUGA